AUGGGUCUUUCCACUGCUUGGAGUCUUGCGCGUUCUGGAGUCCAGGUGAUUGUGUGCGAUGCUGGACAUGCAGAGAAGGGCAGCUGGGGUGAAUCACGGAUUGCGCGGGUCAGCUAUGCUGAUGACAUGCUGGUAAAGCUGGCUCGCCGGUCCUAUGAGCUGUAUGAUGAACUGGACAAGACAACAACGGAGCCUGUGAUGUACAAAACAGGAUGCCUUGAUGUUGGCUUCAAGCGGCGGAGCCUUGACAGGCUUGCAGAGACGUAUGACCGCCUCGCUCAGCCGUAUCAACGCCUGACGCAUCACGAAGUACAGCAGCGUUGGCCAAUGCUGCAACUGUCCUCUGAGUAUGUCGAGGCCUCCGUCUACUGCCCACUUGGGGAUGCAGUUUGUGUCCCAGUGGUGUUGGAAGCCUUGAAGGAUGACAUGUUGAAGCACCUGGGUGCGGCGUCGCUGGUGGACGAAACUGUAGUGCAAGUAGAUCGCCAAGGCAAGACAGUCACCACUGCAGAUGGCACCGUCAUCCCAUAUUCCAAGCUUGUGGUCGCGACCGGGAUCUGGACCAACAGCAUGAUGCAGAAGAUGUCAUUGCCUCUUCUGCCCUUGAUCACUAGCAUUGAGCAGCAGACGUAUUACUCUGUCCCGGAAGGCAUGGAUGAGCUUUACAGCUCGAGCCACUUGCCCGUCAUCAUAGAGCACAACCCGCCGCCAGAGCCACAAAUGAAGCGCCGUGGAGGCUACUUCAUCCCGCAUCUCAGCAAUGGUGUGGAUGGUGUGAAGUUUGGCAUGCAUCGUCAGGGCCCUCUCCUAGAUAAUGAGGACUUCCCCAUGGUCCCUGGAUCUGCGGCUGCAUCCGCAAAGCACUUCUCUUGCUGCGCCACACGUGGUCGAGAUGCCUGGUGUAGCAGGUGGCCGGAGGAGGAGGAUUCCCAUCUUCGUGCGGAGACGGAUGCCUUUUGCAAGAGGAUCUUGCCUGGGUUGAAACCAGCUGAGCCCCCUGCGCUCACUAUGCGCUGCCCCUAUGACCAGCAGCUUUACGCAGAUGAGGACUUCGUGGUGAGCGUGCACCCCGAGGAUCCCGAUGUGAUUAUCGUGGGAGGCUUUGCCGGCGAGGGUUUUAAGUUUGGGCCUGCAGUGGGCGAGAUGGCAGCUUGCUUGGUAACCGGCGCUGCCUUUGCGGUGCCGGAAAGCUUCUCGCGCUUCCGGCUCGAUAGGAAGACUUUGCUCUGA